GCAUUCUCUUUUAGUAACCAGCCCGCUGAUGACCAGACGUUAAAAUCUCGCCACAAAAAUCGCAUUGCUAAGUUGUCUGAAUUUCGUCGAAAAAGAAGAGUUAGGACAUAACCGGAAUAACUGGAAAGAAAAUAUCAAGAGAAGAAAAGAAAAGACACAAAGUAAAAGAGACAAAACAAAUUAACGAAUUCGUGCCUUCAGAAAGAAACUGCUGAGUGAAAUCAGUGUUCGGGUAAAGAUAUGUACGAGUGAAAGGGAACCGGAAUUAUUUCAUUUCGACAGUCGUUGGCAGUGCGAGCGACGACGUACAAGUGUCAGCGCUUGCUGAAAUUGUUGAUUGCUGGAGACACAUAAAAAGUCAGGCAGAAUAGUGUGAUAAGAUCUUUGCUAACAUUUGAAGCAAGAAGUUACAAUUUCUACGAUCAUUUAAAAAUGAGUACUUUGCAUCAGCCAUCAAUCUUAAGAGGUCAGCAGACAGGAAGAAAUCAGAAAAAAGAUUUAGUGCAUGAAUUAUUCAGUCGUGCAGCAAAAGUCCAUCCAAAUCAAACCGCGUUAUAUUACGAAGAUGACGCCGGCCAGGAAUACGUGCUGUCUUUUAAAGAAUUGGAUAACAUCACCAAUCAGUUGGCACGAGCUUUACAAAAGUACGAAAAGACUGAAACAACUUCUCAGUCAUUAAUAGCUGUCUGCAUGAACCCGUCGCAUUGGUUUCCAACUGUAUUACUUGGUGUACUGAAAGCAGGAAUGGCUUAUCUACCUUUGGACGCGGAAUUUCCGAUGUCUAGAGUGAAACACAUUCUCGAAGAAGCGCAACCAUUAAUAAUGGUGGUCGAGGAAAAAGCGGAUUUAUCAAUCUAUGAGGGAGCUUUAGUCGUGACGUAUAAACAACUUUUGGAGAAAGCUAAACAAGAACAAGAAGAUGCAUUACAAACUAAAGAGAGCUUGAAUCAACUAGCUAUGGUUCUUCAUACUUCCGGAAGUAUAGGAAUUUCCAAAGGUGUGCUUAUAUCGCAUGCUACUCUAUUGAAUCGUCUACAAUGGCAAUGGAGAGAACUUCCAUUCGCUGAUGAUGAAAAACGAUGUGUUUUUAAAACUUCCCUUACUUUCGUCGAUAGUGUUCCCGAAAUUUGGGGACCUCUUUUACAAAGCCGUACCCUAGUAAUUGUCCCGAAAAGCGUGACUAAAGAUCCGGAAAAGUUAGUACCGCUUUUAGAAAAACAUCAGAUACAACGCUUAAUUCUUGUGCCAUCGUUAUUGCGUUCAUUGCUCAUGUAUCUAAACUUGCGAGUGAGUAUGUAAAGUUAUAUUCCACAUGUAAUUUAUCGCAAUAAUAAGCGAACUUAUUAUUAUUACGUAAAAUUGUUGGGAAUUUUAAACGUGAUUUAAUGCAACAUUAUACGAAAAAUUAAGAACAACGUGCUUUCCUGACC